AUGGAGUCGCCAUGUCUGAAACCUCGUUUGGUAUCGAACGGCCUGACGACCACUGCUGCACUGGAACUGAGAACUCCCGAUUUGGAAGCUUUUGCUAACUAUGAUGACAUGCGUCGUUACAUUGCUUCACGCAAUCAGCGCUCCAUGCGUUACAUAGAUAAUCCAACAGAAGACACUUACCUUAAAGCCUAUAAUGACCAUCAUGAAUUCAAUUCACGUCAACGUCUACGACGGGCGACGAAAGCUGAGCAAGCACGGAAAUUGCCCACUGAGCCACAGCUGGUGAAAUUUGAAAUUAGCGAUGCGCUUGAGCCCAGUCCCGAGGUAAAGGAACUCAUACGGCAGCAUCGCAGUCGAGAGGAAAAGCCAACAACUGCGACAAGUACAACCAAUGCGGAUGAGAAAAAUACGACAACUUCGACAAAAGAGUCACUGAAAGCGAGAACUAAGGUAACCACAGCAGCUCCGAAACGUUCUUCACGAGGUGCACGUGCAAGGAUUACGCCCAACAAACGUGCGAAACGCGCAGCAUCUAAUACACCAGCAAAUCGCCAGUCAUUCAAUUUUCAAGUAAAACUAAUACCUUUCGAUAUUUCCGAGGCACGUGAGCCCGAUGAGCAAACGAAGGCACUGAUAAGACGCAUGCGUAAUCUAGAGCUACAAAAGUUAAGUAACAAUGCCGCUGUCAGCACUGUAGCACCAACAGUGAUACGUGUGCAUCGGAAUGCGCCCGCAACAGGUAUUGUAACCGCGCCGCUGCCAACCUUUAAUCCGGGAAAAUACUAUCGGCCAAAAACUGGCAAGCUCUUCAUGAAGCGUAAGGGCAAACGCGUCAAGCGCUCGGCUCCGCAGAUGAUACGCUUCGAGUUAGAGGAUGCGCGUGAGCCGAACGGAGCUAUAUUCGAACAAUUACGUUUGGUUAGACAAAGUCGCAAAGAUGCUAAAGCUAAGGAUCAACAAAACACUAACGAAGGGAGUUAUGCUGUUAUUAAUAAGCGAGAAGCCCGUAUGGAUACAAAGAAAACCCAGCCCGCUGAGCUGCCUGUUAAGGAGGACGUUGACGAAGGCGACAAUGAUCAGAGCAAUGGCGAGAGCAAGCGCACAUUUGUCUAUAAGGAAGCACCCAUUGUGAAGGCAAAAAAGUCUAUUAGUUCGUUGCCCGUGGAGGUGCAAAAGAUCAUCACACAUCUGAUGAAAGAUCAUGGCGCUGGUGGUGGUGGUGCCGUUGGUGGUGGCAAAGCUUAUGUGAAAUACAUACCAGCACAUAUGGUCGACUAUCGUCAAUUGAAAUCGCUUUAUGGUGCGAAGCUCGCCUUACCGCCGACCUACAGCCUUGGUAGUGGUGGCAGUAAACUAUCCCCCGCAUCAUAUAUAAAAUACAUACCACCACAUCAGAAGGGUGAACAAUUACAGGUGCAAAUCCACCCAGUGCCGGUUGUUGAAAAGAUCCGUUACAUAUAUACGCCUGUCGCCGCCGCACCGGUCAAUCAUGGUUAUGAUGCUAACGCACAUGCAGCGGUGACUGCAGAGGAACAAGCGGCAGCACGCGCUGCUGCUACUCACGCCGUACAGGCGGCCUAUGCUGGUCAAAAUGUACAUGCAGUGGCCGAAGCUCAAGCUGCUCAGGCAGCUCAUGCCGCCCAUGCAGCUCAAGCUCAACAUGGCGUGGGAGUCGCACACAUCGCUGAAAACUACGGAGCUAAAGCUAGUGCAGAGGAGGGAGGCGCCGAAGAUGGCGAACAAGAAAGCGGUGGUGUCGCACAUCCCAUUGUAGUACAGGAAAAUGCCGGCGCUGGUCAUCAAGGGCUUCAAGCAGCACCGGUCGCAGUACACCACACUUAUGCAGCCGAUGUGUCGCAUGCAUUGCAGGAAGAAGUACCCGCGACGGUCGCUAUCAAAGCUAUACACUUUCGACCCUCGAAGCCCGAUCCUCUACUUAACGAGAAUAAACUGACAGAAGCCGCUGUUGGCGAAGCAGGCGGAUAUGGUGAUAGUCAUGUUAGCUAUGGCGGCGUUCAUGGUGGCAACGGAGGUGGUGAACAACAAAUUAUAGCGGUAUAUGCAGCUGCUCACGCAGACGGUGGACAAACAGCUGGCGGUCAUGCCGAAGUGGCCCCUCAAUACGUCGAAAACUAUAAAUAUGAAGUAGGUCAAGCGGCAGCACAGCCACAGAAAGAAGCCGAAGUACCGCUGGUAAAAAUCGAGUAUCAUGGUCCGGCGGAUGAUAUUAAACAGAAUUUCAAAGAGCUGCCCGAAUUCAAGCAACUCUCCACAUUAGUCGGCAAGUCAACCGAAGAUCAAAUCCAUGGUCUAACCUAUCUCUUGGCCAAAGAGAUGCAGAACAAACUGAAGUUGCAGCGUAAAAAGCUAUACAUUGCAGCUGGUCCCGGUGCACACACCAAUACCGCACCGAUAGUUUUCCCGCACGAACAGCAGCAAGUAGGCGAACUGAAGCAACAACAAGUACAAGCUAAUGCUGGCGGUAUUCAUGGACGUCUAAUCGGUAUGGCCAAGUCCAAAGAAUAUAUACCAAUUGUGGAACACGGUCCUGUGGCCGAACAAAAAGCAGCUUCUGGCGCUGGUGGUGGUGCUGAAGGUGGCGGCCAUGGUCCGGUGCAGCAUAUUGCCAUUCCUGCACCGAAGCAAUACGUAGCCAUUAAAGUCGAACCAAAAGCCCCACUGCCGAACUCAUUUGUAGAGUAUGGGCUCUCGCCAAAUUAUCAGGGCAUCAAAGGCGCUGAAGCUGGCGCAGGUGGUGAGGCUGGGCAGAAAACCAAGUUAUUAGUGGAACAAGUAAUACAUCAUCCGAGAUUGCAGUAUAAAGGUAGCGCUGGAGCUGAGCAUGCGAAGGCAAUUGUGGCUGAAGCUAAGCAACAUGGCAACGGUGCAUCUAGUGAGCAGAGCCUGAGCUAUGGUGAUGAGAGCUCUACAAUCGCCGUGAUCGCCUGUGUUUGCGCGCAACUCGCUCCCGGCUCAAACAUGUACCUGCCACCCAAGCCAAAUGGCUACAACUACCCAGAGCCCAAGAAUCCACUGCGUCCUGGAACCCCAUCCGGUCCCGGACCACGCCCACCAGGCCCACAACGCCCAUCGCAACCUGGACCCGGCGAGCCUGGUCACGUUCACGUCCCCGGCAUGCCAUUCGACUUCGAGUACGCCGUCAAUGAUGUUGAGACCGCCAACGAUUAUGCCCACAAAGCUUCGAGCAAUGGUGAUGUGGUGACCGGUGAAUAUCGCGUUGCACUGCCCGAUGGUCGCACACAGAUCGUACGCUAUACGGCCGACUGGAAGACUGGCUAUCAUGCGGAUGUCAGCUACGAGGGUGAGCCACAAUUUCCUCAGGGUCCCGGCGGCCGGCCCGGCUACAAAUACUAAGGGAGUACACGCUGAAUGAUGUUGGAGCGCCGGAAGCACACUCUUGCACGCACGCACACAAACAUACACUAACUCACUUGCUCACACACACACUUAACUGCAAUUAAGGCUACAGCAACUGCCACAACAACAAUAAACUACCACUGCCCCACAUGAAGAUGAGACAACGAUAAGGCGAUGCAUUUUUUUUGGAAAAAAGAAAUU